AUGUGCGCCGAGAUCAUUGCAAGUCAUUCUAUGCUCCACGCCCUUCCCAAUGAAAUCCUCACUCUUAUCUUCGAUCACUUGUUCGACGAUCAGCGCCAGCAAGCUGAGCUGGAUAAUGAUGUUCGCGAAUACGACCUUCCAACCACCUACUUAACACUCUACGCUUUAGCGCGCACCUGUCGCGGUCUGUCUCAAGUCGCAGGGGACAUUCUCCGUCAGAAAUGCGUAUGGGAAUUCCGGCACCCGAUCGGACCUUUCGCACAACGAGCACAGACCGAGCGUUAUCAUGGUAAAUAUCCAGAUUGCAGGCAAAUAGAGGUGUUGAGCGAUGCUAGGUGGGAUGGAAGGUCAUUUUACGACGGACUGGCAGAAGAAGAGCUCAAGGCAGCUUUGGCGACCCAAGAAGAUUGGCCAGAGAAUGUAUGGGAAAUACUUGAGAAAGAUCCCGCUCAAGUUCAGCUCGCAUUACUUGUCGCGAGAUCACCCAACCUGCGAGAGUUCAUUAUGGGCGCUCUGCACAUAGAAAUGGCGCCCGACGAUCUCCCCAUAUGGCUUUAUCCUAUCAUCCAGGGUGCGCACAGCAACUUGGUCAACGUCACACACGAUCCAGUCUAUGGCAACCUCCAGAUUGUCGACAUAGACAUGCAGAAUGUCAUUACCCCUCUUGCAAGUUCGCUGGAGACGCUGCAGCUGGACAUGCUAGAGGAUUUGCCUGCGAUGUACAUGGUGUUUGCUCAAGGGCCUGAUCAGAGAGUAUCGGGGAAGCGACACGAUGAAGGUGUCAACUGA